AUGACUGUGAAAACAAAAGUGAAAAGGAAGAAAAACCGGUCCACGGCACUCAGUGUGGGUUCCGAGGCGAAAGACAUUACAUUUGAAGGGUUCCUACAAGGUCUUAAACUCAAAACAGAUCUUCAUUUUGGCAAAAUAUCCGAGACAAGCUGGAAAUCUAAAAAACCUGUAGUUAACAAGAGUUCGAUCCAUUCGCGCACUGCGUACGUGAUAUCCGCCAUAGUGAGUGCCGAGACACUAGAGUGCCUCACCAAAAGAACUGAACAUUUUAUUGACCACCUCAAGCGGUAUCCGGAAGCUAGGGACUACGCUAUUAAGGAAGGUGCAGUGAGAGCUUUACUGGUGCACAACAGGCUCAAGGAUGACAAACCUGAGACACAACAGGCGAACGGGGUCGUCAAAGAAGCGCUGGCGCUGGUUGGAUACACGGGUCCUACCAAGGGUCCAGGGCCGAACAUCCUGUCGCUCGACGGCGGCGGCAUCAGAGGACUCAUCGCCAUAGAAAUACUCAGGCACUUGGAACGGCUGACCGGCCGCAAUGUGACGGAAAUGUUUGACUAUAUAAUUGGAGUCAGUACGGGCGCCAUUAUCGCUGCCGUUAUAGGUAUGUUUAUUAGUAUCACUCAAUGGGUCAGUAAAGACCCAUAA